AUGUCGCCUCCCGCGGCUGCAAGCGGCGCUGCCGCUGUUCUCUCAAAAGACAUUGCGCGUUCUUUCCGGUGGAUGCAGGCCUUUGCGGCGGUGAAGGGGAAACCGACAGCCGGCUCCUGCGCUGCGGGAACUGCCGUCGUGAACCCUGAAGAACCAGGAAAGGUGACACUGAAGGGGCGAUACACGAACUUUUCUCUGCAGCACAUCUGGGAGAAAUACGACUACCUUCAGACGCACUUGCUUCUGAGAGAGUGCCUGCUGUCGCAGGUGGCCAAAAACCCCCGACUCAUGGACCCGGAAAUCAAUGCUGGCCUCACACCGACGGUCUUCAUGCGUGUGCCCUCGGCAGGGACUCCGCAGGGAGCAGCGUCUGCGGAGCCCCAACCCAAGGCGACACAAAACGCUGGGAAGACGAACUAG